AUGGCCACCGACUGCACCUGCCAGAGAGGAUGCUCGUACGUUUCACCCCUAUUCCUCACCGUAUCAUUGCUUAAAUUAUCUAAUUCACCAGCGCUUGCGGACCCCAAGGCACAGGCUGUGCUUGCCCAAAGGGCAAAUGCGAUUGCCCACAGUGUCCUAACAAAACACACACUGAUAAGUGUUCGUGCAAAGGCAGUUCGGACUCAUGCGGUUGCACCACCAGCGACAAACCGUGCACAUGUUCUUAAUUGA